CUGACCACCUAGCUAAUUAAUUGUGUUACUUUUCAGGCAACGAGAGAAAAAAAAUAUUUUCGUCUGAGGAUGUGAUGCAACAAUAUGCGUUUCCGGUCUAAAGAGCCUCCUUUCGCUCCCUCUUUUGGUCAUCCCGGCUACACUGUCCACUGUCGACCGGCAUACAAAGAUGCAGAUAUUUGUGAAAACGUUGACAGGGAAAACCAUCACCCUCGAGGUGGAACCCAGCGACACCAUCGAGAAUGUGAAGGCAAAGAUUCAAGAUAAGGAAGGAAUCCCUCCUGAUCAGCAGCGCUUGAUUUUUGCUGGCAAACAGCUUGAAGAUGGACGCACAUUAUCAGACUACAAUAUUCAGAAAGAGUCCACCCUUCACUUGGUACUACGCCUGCGUGGUGGAAUCAUUGAGCCGUCUCUGAGACAGCUGGCCCAGAAGUACAACUGUGACAAAAUGAUCUGCCGAAAGUGUUACGCUCGCCUUCACCCGCGAGCUGUGAACUGUCGUAAGAAGAAGUGUGGGCACACCAACAACCUGCGCCCCAAGAAGAAGCUGAAGUAAGCAGUGGAGUUGAUGUGUAACUGCACAGAAACACUCAAUAAAUGUGAGUAAAAAGGGGUAAA